CACUAGAUAUAGGGGAAUGAAGAAUCCUAACAAUGUGACAAUAUUUUAUCAAUAUAGAUAUGGCAACGUUUGAGUGAAAAGUAAACAAACAGGCAUUUCAAUUGAAAAUAAUCUGUGGAUACGAGAUCACGUGUUUGAAUAAGUCUGACUUAUAAAAUAAAUAUUUGUAAUUAUGAACGGGCCUAUUAAUAUGAACUGGCUGAGUUCACCUGAGGGAGAAUCAUUGUUGCACCAUUUUUAUGAUCACACACUUAAAAGACGACGCUUUUACGGCAUUCUGGAGAGACCAGCUUUACCGUCCUCUAUUGAAGAAGUGACUUAUAAAAUUUUUAUGAUUGGGAGGCCAGGUGUUGGGAAAACCUCGGUGGUUGCAAGAUUCUUGGGCAUUGUUGGCAGUAAACAGGUCACUUCGGAGAUUGGAGGAAUUCGAAAGACAACUGUCUACUGGCCUGUGAAGAUUUGGGAUAAGGUGGUGCUGUUUAAAUUGAAUUUUUGGGAUACAUCAGAGAGCAGUAUUAAAAAGUAUAAUCACGUCUUACCCGCAUGUAAAGAUAAAGUAGAUGCCAUCUGCUCAGUAUUUUCCUUCGAAGACCUCACAAGCUUCACCGACAUUCCCUACCUCAUGAAUUCCAUGAAUAGCAUUCAAGAUAGGCCAGCUAAAGUCGUCAUUGGAACGAGAUACAAACCUUGGUCAACAUUACCAGUGACUGAUGUUCAAAUCAAAGAAUUCGAGAGCAAAUGGAAGAUGAAGAUAAUAAAGAUAGAUGUUAAUAAAGCCUCAGCAAGGCCAGAGAUAUUUGACGUUGCUUAUCAGUUGAAUUCACUCUGCAAAGCACUGUGGAAUAGGGAUCAAGAGUUUAUUACCAAACAAAUUAUUCAGCUUUUACGGAGGCAACUUCGCUUUUUGUGAGAAUCACUCUAAUUUGGAGAGUCGACAUUCUGGAGUUUUAGUGGUAAUUGCCGGGUCUCAGUGGGUUUAUUAUUAAAAGAGGAGAGUCACGAAGUUGUUGGUCCAUUUGGGAGAUCGUUUCCAGUCAGUUUCCAGUUUAUGAGAGAUGUUAGAGUUGAAUAACAGUAUUGCGAGCGGAUUUAAAUUUAUCUCGGGAAUAGGAAAGGUGGCAAGUAAUUGAUGAACCUCAAUCCAGAGAUAUCUGAGUUGAAUAAAUGUUAUUGACUUUGAAGAAACGGCUUUAUACCCAUCGCUUCAUUUUCUGGGAUCCAAAGUAAUAAAUUCACAUGUAAUAUAACUUCCCUUGGAAUAGAUGAAUUAUAUAUAGUGUUGAACAAAAAAUUUAAUUGUACGGAUCGCCCAGUAAUUCUCUCAAUGGCUUUUUGGGGAGAAAAAAAUUAUCUCUCUCUCGACGAGUAUUAUUCUCCCCCUUUUCGUUACACGGGCUAUUUAGAUAAACAUUGCAUAGAUUGCCCAAACGCAAAAGCUUCCCACCUAUCCAAUUUAUGGUCCCUGCCAUGAAACAAGAUCAACUUACGUGGAAGAACGCCCUCGACGAUUCCCGUACAAAACUCGUUACACAUCUAUAAAUGAAUUAUCCCCGAAAAAUGGUGUUUGAUGUU